UCUAAUGAUCUUGCUUUUAUAAAAUCAUUCUAAAUAAAUAUUUAAAAAUAUAAUUUGAAUUGUUCAUAAGCUUCUGAGUAUUGUUUUUUAAGUGAAUCAAGUUGGCCUGGCGUUGCUUAGCAGCAAACAAACAAAUAAUAUCACCAGUUGGUAUUAGACUUGCUGAUUCGACAAAUCAGAAAAGCGCUUUAAGUUAUUAAAUAUUGAUUAAAAUUUUAGUUAAAACAUUCCGACAUGGAAAAUGAUAAGGGAAAACACAGCGAUGAGCUAAUGAAUCGCAUACGGAAUGAACUGACUGCUAUAUUGGCGCAGGAGGCUACGGACGAAUCCGAGAGCAAGAAAACACAUGAACUGCUCUUGAGUCCCAAUCCGCUGCCCAUUUUUGGGCCCAUAAGGAAGAGUAGGGCCAAGAAAUCGGGCAGUACCACCAAGAAGGUGGGUAAACCGCCUUUGCCAGGCAGCAGAAAGAGUUCUUCGGCUGGGAGCGGAUCAUCUGAAGAUCGCUUGGCGGGUGGAGAUGCCCAGAAAAAGGAAACGGAUCCGACUUCCACUUCCUCCAGCUUUUCUCUCAAAUCCGGAACUUCUGGCCGCCAUGAGGCUGCGCCCAAGGAUCGCAGUGCCCGGGCCGAGUUCAUGGAAUCCCAUGGAGCCAAGAGCAUCGACGACGAUGUGCAGAGGAUGCAGAUGGAGCUGAAGCAGAGCUACGAGCUCUUCCAGAGCAUUGGCGAGAAGUUCGAGUCGGUGAACUUCUCGGGCCUGAAGAGCCGCAUCCGGGACCUGCACCUGAACGACUCCAACAACGAGCUGGGCAAGGCGACCACCCAGGAGCUGCAGACGAUGUUCAACCAGCGCUACCUGCAGAAUCGCCUGGACAAGCUGGCCACGGACGCGACGCAGGGAUUCCGCCGGCAUCCCGGUGAGUUCGGUGACAUCCCAGAGCUGAGCACCUUCUUUCAGGCCUGCACCCAGCUGGAGCACGGUCUGGAUGCACUGCGUCAGCAGCGACAGCGUAACAGCGAACUGGAGAAGCGCCUGUGCUGGGCCACCGAGAUAGCCUACGAUCGCAUGGACGAGAUCCGCAACUCGGUGGGCUCCGAUCCCGAAAAGAACUUCUGAAGUGCCCAUUACUUAGUCAUAGAAUAUAUAUGCAUUAGUUGUUUUGUGGUUCAUUCUAAAGUUCAUUACCCACAUACACCCACACACACACACGCAGGUGCAAUAUAUACACAUACAUACGCCCGCAUUACCCACACACACAUGCGAUGCAUCUGCAA